UCCUCCAACUAAGCUCUUAAUAGAGAAAGCUCCACUGAAACAUAGAAAAUGUAACAACUAUGUAGAGAUCUCAAACUAUAUCAGCUUCAGGUCACAAAUAGUCUUGGAAACCAGACUUAAAGCCAACACAAAUAGAUAUGGAUCAUAGAAUGCUGAUGAGCCAAGAGAGGCUUGACAGAUUCACAAUUGGCAACCACCCAAGUAAGCACUAGAUGGAUAUUUGAGCUACCAGCCAAAGCAAGGAGAUCCCUUAUAACCAUUCACUAAAAUAUAACAACAAGCAGUAGGGAAAACUGCGUUAAUGGUCUUCGACCAGCAACAUGAAGGUCCAAGGACCAACAUGCAGAGCUUCCCCAUAACCAUGCAACAAAAGCCGCAUUUGAUGGAGGGUUACUAACUCUCCAUAAAAGGAGACUAAAGUAAAGCAAAACAAUUAAAACAAAACAGUUAAGAAAAAAAAAAAAAUACAGAUCUAAGGAGGUAAGGGAAGGAUCGACGAUCAAGAGGCAGACUUCCUUUGGAAAUUAGAAUUGUGCAGAGAACUCUAGAUAGAAAAGUUGAGAGAAAACGCGGAUCUAAUAUCUAUUUUGUUAGGUCUUUUAACAGAGCAAUUUUAGUUUUAAUGGUGUGAAUAAUAAUUUAGUAUAAUAUGUUAUAUAUUUAUUGAUUGGGUGUAUUAAUUCACUUUGUGACAUGCUGGGAUCAUGCUCUCUCUCUCUGCAAGAUAGAAAUUUCCAAGUUUGGGUUACGCAUUUGUGGGCGGCCCAAUAAAUCACUCUGGUCCAAUCCCUUGCCACCAUCUACAGCUCUCUCUUCAUGCGACAAUGCGCCGCUGCUGACUCUUCCCUCCAAACGCAAAAUUCUUCAGCCACUCUCCAGCGGCGCCGGAUGUCUGCUAAAGUGUUCCGUCUGGGUAAUUCCCUCAAGGUACAAUAUUCUUUCCAUUUCCUUACCCACUCACAGGCUUUUUCCCUUUUCAAUGUCAUUUACGUCCCUAAAACCCUAAACCUUCAUUUCUCUCCAUCCAAUUCUUAUUCCUCUCACUCGUCCAAUUUUAAAACCUUCGAUUUUUUUUAUCAGUUUUCUCCUUUUAAUUUUCCCAAUUAUGAUUAUUUGAGCUCUUUAAAUUCGAAUGACCGUCGAUUAAUAGUUGUCGGAUUAUCUAAACUAAUCAAACAACGGAAAGGAUACAUUUUGAAGGGAUUUUCCCUUAAAUUUUGCCCUUAUUUGCUAGUGAAUAUCAUGAAACUAUUCAAAUCCCGUCAUUCUGCAUUUGCAUUUUUCAAAUUCGCAUUUCAAAACGACUCCGAUACUACAGUUAAGUCAUGUUGCAUCGCCGCGCAUGUCUUGGCUGCCGAGAAUCUUCAGCUCCUCGCACAAGAUGUAAUUUCUUGGGUUAUUGUGAGAAUCGGGGCUAGCAGGAGUACAGAGUUGGUGGAGUUUAUGUGGGCCAAUCACUAUGAAUAUGAGUCGGAUUUCUCAGUCCUCAAUACUCUUAUGCGGGGUUUUUUGAAUGUGCAGAUGGUUUACGAGGCACUUGAUAUUGUGGGUAGGAUGAGGGAGGUGGACGUGAGGCCAAGUUUGUCAGCAAUAACAAUUCUUUUCAGGUUGUUGCUUAGAGUGGGUGAUUAUGGUAGUGUUUGGAAGCUUUUGAGGGGCAUGAUUCGUGAAGGUCCUCGCCCUUGCAAUAGUAAUUUCAAUGUAAUGAUUCUUUCUUUUUGUCGAAAAGGAUAUGCCAGGAUUGGUGAGAGUUUGUUAUAUGUUAUGCAAAAGUUUAGUUGUGAACCAGAUGUUUAUACAUAUAACAUUUUGAUUAGUGCUUAUUGUAUGAGUGGAAGGACUUCAGAUGCUCUUGGGUUGGUGCAUUUGAUGAUUAAGAAUGGUUGUAAACCGAGCUUAAUUACAUUCAACACUGUAAUAAACGCAUUCUGCAAACAGGGAAAUGUGAAGGAAGCAAGGAAGAUUUUUGACGAGAUCCAAGAGGUGGGUGUUUCUCCAAAUGUUGGAAUGUAUAACACUCUAAUGAAUGGAUAUGUUAAGGCAAGGGACGUUGGUCAAGCAAACAUCCUGUAUGAAGAAAUGAGGAACAGGGGUAUAGCUCCUGAUGGCACAACUUUUAAUAUAUUGUUUGCAGGGCAUUGCAAGUAUGGGAGAGAAGAGGAUAGUCUCAGGUUGUUGAGGGAUUUAUCAGUUCGAGGUUUGGUUCCAGAUUGUUCAUUAUAUGAUAUUUCUGUUGCGGGGUUGUGUUGGGCUGGUCGGUUGGAUGAGGCCAUGGAAUUUUUAGAGGAUAUGCUUGAGAAAGGAAUACCUCUAAGUGUAAUUGCUUUUAAUUCAGUAAUUGCAGCUUAUAGCCAGGCAGGAUUAGAAGAGAAUGCCAAUAAAGCAUAUAAAGUCAUGGUUAUGUUUGGUCUAGUUCCCUCAUCUUCAACUUGCAGUUCUUUGCUUCUGGGUUUAUCCAAGAAUGGGAGACUGCAAGAAGCACGGGAACUCUUGUAUAAGAUGAUAGAGAAAUGCUUUCCCAUAAAUAAAGUGGCUUUUACAGUGCUUUUGGAUGGGUACUUCAAGGCGGGGGAUAUUAUUGCGGCACAUAGUCUGUGGUAUGAGAUGGAAGCCAGGGGGAUAUAUCCUGAUGCUGUUGCCAUCUCAGCAUUUAUUGAUGGCCUUUCCAAAGCUGGUCUAGUGGAGGAGGCAUAUGACGUAUUUUUAGAUAUGUCAAGGAAAGGGUUUGUGGCUAACAAUUAUGCAUAUAACUCGUUGAUCCAUGGAUUUUGCAACUGUGGUAAGCUUCAUGAAGCAUUGAAGCUGGAGAGGGAGAUGAGGCAAAAGGGUCUGCUUCCUGAUAUUUUUACAAUCAAUAUCAUCAUUAAUGGAUUUUGUAAAGAGGGCAGAAUGAAGUCUGCAAUUGAAGUCUUUGCAGACAUGCAUCGUAUUGGGCUAACCCCUGAUAUUGUCACUUAUAACACAUUGAUUGGUGGGUACUGUAAAGCAUUUGACAUGGUUGGUGCGGAUGAGUUUUUGAAUAAAAUGUAUGCUAGUGGAUGGGGCCCAGAUAUCACCACCUAUAAUAUAUGUAUUCAUGGACUUUAUAGUACUCGAAAAACAAGUAAGGCUGUGAUGAUACUGGAUGACCUUAUUUCAGUGGGUGUUGUCCCAGACACGGUAACAUACAACACCAUGAUGAAUAUUGUUUGUACUGACAUACUGGAUCGUGCUAUGAUUUUAACUGCGAAAUUGCUUAAGAUGGCUUUUGUUCCAAAUGUUGUUACAACCAAUUUACUACUGUCUCACUUUUGCAAGCAAGGGAUGCCUGAGAAAACUUUAAUUUGGGGUCAGAAGUUAAGCGAGAUCUCCUUUGCUUUCGACAAAGUUUCGUAUAAAAUUAUGGAUAAAGCCUACCUUAAGUUGCAAAACAAAGUAGAACUAUUAAGAGCAACCUCUGCAAAGAGCCUGUUUCUGGACUCCCUUAUGUAUAUUACAUAUGACUAUUUUCGUAGAAGUACACCUAACAGGAAGACAAGUUUGGAUCCACAUAAACUGAUUGAAAAUGGUUUUAGUGGAUCCUGAAAUUUUGAUUUGCAGAUAAGUUUCCAGGACUUUAGUUCUUAUGGUUUGCAAGGAUCUUUUGCAACAUUUUGUGGCAAUGGAUUUAUUUUCCCACUGGUCGUGAUGGAAAGUUGAGUGCUUUGGUUAAGAUGGUAUUAGUGGAUACUGGUCAGCAUACUUGAAUAGCACUAGAAGGAGACAGAAAGGUGGGCGGAGUCUGUCAUAAUGUAUAAGCAAGGCAAGAGUUAAUGGAUGAUUUGGCAUAGAUGGAGCAAAGGGACAGGAGUAUACAUGACCAUCAUCAAGUCUUCUGGAUAAACUUCUACAACUUGAUUUCUGUUGGUUAUUAUAUGGUGUUUAUAAUGUCUAUGGUGGGAUGACCAGACUCACCCAUGCUAUUUGUCAACAAUGAGAAUUAGCAAUAACAUUUGAAUUUCUUUCGGAGGAAAUACAAGCAUGCAUUUGUUGGUAUGGAGCCAUAAAUUAUCCGAUAAAUGAUGGGCUCUAGUUCAUUUCUGGGCUAGUGCCUGGUGUUAUGGUGGUGCACUUUAUCACUGGAAGACUCUACUUGGAGAUGGCUUGCAACUGUUACAUGCCUUGGCUCUCCAUCAAGAAAAGCGUCUUCACGAGUAUGUUUUCUUAUUCCUGGAAUGAGAUGGCUUUGCAUGAUUUAGCUACAGUGUAGUUGAUCUCCUGCAGUGUUAUUGCUCUUUAACUGCUGGUUCUUCAAUGUUCCCUGCUCCAUCAUAAUCCUUAUUAUGAUAUAAGAAACAUGAUGAUUGGUGCCAGGUAAAUGACAUGAAACAGUCACGUAAGUGUUCGUAACUAACACAAUAUACUUGAUCGUUGUUCAGUUGCCCAGUUGCCGCUUGGUGGCGUCAGAUGAUAUUUGCAAUUGAAGAAGUUACCUAUACCUGUAAAGUGCAAAUUCAAGACUGACAGAGAUCUUUGGCGUUUUGUGAUGCGAGAAACUAAAGACUUGUGAUGCGACAACAAAAUUGUUUUCUGAGGACAAAUCCGACUCCAAGGUUUCACCUAAAACAGCAAAUGUUUUAGGGGUGGUCCGAUAGCUGAAAGUUUUGGCAUCCUUUUUAUUAAGGAAAGGGUAUUCCAGGAGCUUAGAAGAGUUGGCUUUGUAUUUUGGACGGUAACAUCAAUACAAGAGAAUAGAAAUGUGUUGUUUUUCCCUGAAAAUAUAUGAUUUACUUUUAUGCCUAAAAAAUUGCAAUGAAACUUCACUGCAGGUGAAGAAUUUAUUGUUUGAUAGCUUGCCAUCUGCUUUAUAAUUUUAGAUAAUACGAAGUAAUAUUUUCUGCGA